UGCAAUGAACCCAAGGGAACUAGAUCCACUUGGAAAAAUAUUACCUAUUGGGUCUCCCCUCAACUCACCGUCUUCGUCCUCAGCAAGACUCUCCCCAAGUCUUAACCCUCUUUCUCCUUCCCCUUCCCAUCUUUCACCAUGUCCAGUUACCUCAGGCUCUUCUCCCUCACAUCUCUCAGCAUUAUCCACUUCUCCUUCUCGUCUCAGUCCAUCUUCUCACUUUAUUUCAUCAUACUCUCCAGUGCGACUGUCUCCCUGUUCCACUUGUGACCCGUCUACCUCACCCACUAGAGUGUCCCCCUGUCCCGUACCUCUUUCCCCCUCUGUUGUCUUAAAAAAGCCCAUCCAUAUUUCCUCCUUCAGCCAGAGUGGGCAAAGUUUGGAACAACAGAACCUGACUGAUAGUUCUCCACAAAGCAUCAUCAAUACUGUGGAUACAUCCCUAAAUUCACCACAGCUGUCAGUCAAGACUACUUCUCAAUUAGACACAACAACUGGAGUACUACCAACUGCCGAAAACAAACCAUUACAUUCUGCUGAUAUGCAUGGUAAAGCAAGGCCAGUAGAAAACAAAAUGUCUAGAAAUAUGCCCAUUUUAUUCACUGAGAGGACCGUCAGAUCAAUCCCCAUAUCCAACAGGAGGGGUCAAAAAAAGCAAACUGGCCUUCAACAAGAACCAUUCAGAACUCCACAGCAGGAUAAACUAAAGCAAAAUUCGAACAUCUGUUGCAGGGGAGUUACCAAGCCUUUAAUGUUUGAAAGCUUAAGCCCUAAAAACCUCAGACAUGUUGAAAAAUGUGCAAUCAGACCACAAAAUUUAGCAAAGAAGCGGCAAUCCCAAGACCCUACUCUAGUACAAAUCAGGCUUGGUUUGAUUAAGACAGGGAGGAUUAUAAACUCUGGUGCACAGAUUUCUAAUCUAGAGAAGAUGAAGAAAGGCAGUGAAGGGAACAACCCAAAAAUUCAGAGCGAUGGACAUCCUGCUGUUUCGGAGAAAUUAAAACAGCCUGCUCAUUCAAAGAUAAUGUUAGGGGCAGCCAAGCAGAUAAUAAGACCCACCAUGAUGAGUGAGAGGAGCUUUGGGGAACCUCAAAACCACCCACAAAUUUCAUCUGAAGGAAACAGACAACUCUCCACACAGUCAGCACUUACAAAUCCAAUCUCAUCACCUAAAAGUAUCACAAGCCAAAAGAAUAUUUUUAAAAAACUGGACAAUGUAAGUUCUCCAAAGGAAUACAGUGUACUGGUUUUAUCCAACUCAGAGCUUCAAGACAGAGCUUUAGGUGACUGUGAUGCAACCAAUGAUCGUUCUCAUGAAAGUAAUAUGAUGAUGAACUCUUCCCAACAGAAUCAAACCAGUGCUAAUGUCAACCAAGAGUCUAAACCAAAUAUCAGGCCUCAGUCUGCAGCGUCUGAAACAGACAGUGCUGUCAUAACAUCCCGCUACAGUGAAACAUCAGAUCAGUGCAGCCGGAUGAGCUGCUUCCAGUUCCCUUCGAAGAGUCACAGAUCAUCCACUGAAUGUGGUCAGCUGAGCCGAAUCUGUAGACCUGUGAUCAAAAGAACAUCUGACAGUAGACCUACAUACUUCAAAACUCCUCAGGCAUGGAGAAGAUCUUCCUCAAACCAAACAGGGAACACAAGAAGGAAUGGCAGCAAUUCAUCCCAAAGUAGAUGCAGCUUUUCGGAUUCAGAUUCUUCUAAAUCCUCUUCAAGCGAAGCAACCUUGCAUGAAUUUAACAGAUUUGCAAGAAGAUACAGAGGCUCGCGGUUAUACAAAAAGUGUGUGACUAGUUGUCCAACUAAAUUUGUUGGAGAGAAAUGCGAUGCAGCUGUUUACCCGGACCUCUCGGACAGCCCAAACACACACACAAACUCUGAAAUGCUGAAAUGUUCCAUGACUGGAUGGAUACCGCAGUGUCCAUUCACUCUAGAUCAACAACAAGAGUCCAAACACACACUUCAUUCUACAGACUGUGAGGGAUUUCAAGACAUAAACUCCUCGUGGUUAACAGACCAAGAAGACCCCCCACCAUUACAGCCAUCUGGAGUCGCAGACAUGAGGAGUGGAGCAGACUUAGAUUCCUGUCCUGAAGAAUUCAUGUCUACAGACAUGUCAGAUAUUGUGCCCCCUGAAGUGAGACCCAAACCUACCGUCCCAGCUAAGCCAUUUCAUGUGGCCCCGCCUAAUAGUGUUCCUUCACCCCAAGGAAUGGGGGGUGAAGGUCAAGGGUCAAGUCGCGGAUCUGCAUUGCUUGGAUACAUCGGAAUAGACACCAUCAUCGAGCAGAUGCGGAAGAAAACCAUGAAGACAGGCUUUGACUUCAACAUCAUGGUUGUUGGUCAGAGUGGUCUUGGGAAGUCUACUUUAGUGAAUACUCUCUUUAAGUCACAGUUGAGCAGGAGGAGCACAAGCUGGAGUCGUGAUGAGAAGUUCCCAAAGACUGUUGAGAUUAAAUCUGUAUCUCAUGUGAUUGAGGAAGGAGGGGUGAAGAUGAAGUUAACAGUCAUCGACACACCAGGUUUUGGGGACCAAAUCAACAAUGAAAAUUGUUGGGAGCCCAUAUCCAAAUACAUCAAUGAACAAUACGAGAAAUUUUUGAAGGAAGAAGUCAACAUUGCACGCAAGAAACGCAUCCCUGAUACCAGAGUACACUGCUGCUUGUACUUCAUAUCUCCAACUGGACACUCGCUUCGCCAGUUGGAUAUUGAGUUCAUGAAACAUCUGAGUCGUGUGGUCAACAUCAUUCCUGUCAUUGCCAAGUCGGACACACUCACUCUUGAUGAGAAAACUGAAUUUAAACAGAGGGUGAGGAAGGAGCUGGAAGCAUGUGGGAUUGAGUGUUAUCCACAGAAGGAGUUUGAUGAAGACAUGGAGGAUAAGAGUGAUAAUGAUAAGAUCAGGGAGGCAAUGCCCUUUGCUGUGGUAGGAAGUGAUAAAGAGUACCAGGCCAGUGGCAAACGAAUUUUGGGCAGGAAGACACCCUGGGGAGUGGUGGAGGUUGAAAACCCAAAUCACUGCGAAUUCUCCUUACUUCGUGAUUUCAUGAUUAGGUCUCACCUCCAGGACCUGAAGGAGGUCACUCAUAACAUCCACUACGAGACGUACCGUGCCAAGAGGCUCAACGAUAAUGGAGGUCUACAUCCCAUCUCCUCUGGCCAAGACACACAAGAAAGUAACCUGUGAGGGAAGAAAUGAGCAGCAUAGUAAGGAUGCAAGAGAAAACGAAGAUUCAUCUUUUCAUCACAAUUCAGCUGUGCAUGCUCAGAAGAUUUCAUCGCUGUGGAGGUUUUGUCUUUUUACUCCUUUAAACUCUUUGUGGAACUUGUCAUCAUCUCUUGUUGCACAACCUUUUUGAAAAUUAGAAAAAGCCUUCCCCAGUUGCUCACUUUGGUAAGUGAGUUUGCUUGUGAUAAUCUUGUUCAGGUCUAAUAUGAUGGUAAAUAGAUG